AUGGAUGGGAUUGAAGAGGAGUUUGCCUACAACUCUGGUGCAAACCUUCUUUGGGAAGGCAGCGGCUGCAAGCUGCAUGAUGAGCUCUAUAGACAGCUGAAAUCGCUGAGAUCAUUUGAUACUGCGGCCAGUGUAGCUCAAAACCAGCCUGCAGCCAGUAUAGCUAAAGACCAGCCUGUUGCCAGUGUAGCUCAAGACCAGCCUGCAGCAAGUGUAGCUCAAGAUCAGCCUGUAGCAAGUGUAGCUCAAGACCAGCCUGCAGCCAGUGUAGCUCAAGGCCAGCCUGCGACCAGUUGUAGCUCAAGACCAGCCUGCGGUCAUUGUAGCUCAACCCAGCCUGCAGUCAGUGUAGCUCAAGACCAGCCUGCGACAAGUGUUGCUCAAGACCAGCCUGUGGCCAGUGUAGCUAAAGAUCAGCCUGCAGCCAGUGUAGCUCAAGACCAGCCUGAAGCCAGUGUUGCUCAAGACCAGCCUGUGACCACUGUAGCUCAAGACAGCCUGAAGCCAGUCUCAAGACCAGCCUGCGGCCAGUUAGCUCAAGACCAGCCUGCAGCCAGUGUAGCUCAAGAACAGCCUGCAACCAGUGUAGCUCAAGACCAGCCUGGAGCCUGUGUAGCUCAAGACCAGCCUGUUACCAGUGUAGCUCAAGACGAGCCUGCGGUCAUUAUAGCUCAAGACGAGCCUGCAGUCAGUAAAAUGGUGAAGUUUCAAUGA